AGGUGGCCGCCGGCAGGGGUUGUUGAUGAUGGGAAUGACAGAAUGUCUGUGCAGUUCCCUUUCUUUUGCUUUCUUAUCACCAUCCAGAUACUGCCAGGAUGUAAAUAUCAAAGAAAUAAUCCUGGGAGGGACUCAGGGCAUAUGUUUCUGGAGCCCAUGAAGCCUGAGGAGCCUUUCAUCUCUAAGAGAUCAGGAUAGUAAACGGCUAAGCUUGGAUCUGCAGAAGACCUGUCAGCUCAGCACAAUGUCAGGAAGCCACAUACCUUCUGCUAGUGGUCCUUUCUCAGCCCUGACUCCAAGCAUAUGGCCCCAGGAGAUCCUGGCCAAGUAUACUCAGAAGGAAGAGUCAGCAGAGCAGCCAGAGUUCUGCUACGAUGAGUUUGGUUUUCGGGUGGACAAAGAAGGUGGAAGGUGCUGAACCUGGGUCCAGCCCCCUGACUGGGGCUCCUCUGGUGGAAGACCCCCCGCAGAGGCUGCGGUGGCAGGCCCACCUGGAGUUCACCCACAACCACGACGUGGGGGACCUCACCUGGGACAAGAUAGCAGUCUCCCUGCCCCGCUCUGAGAAGCUCCGCUCCCUGGUGCUGGCUGGCAUUCCACAUGGCAUGAGGCCUCAGCUGUGGAUGCGGCUCUCUGGGGCCCUGCAGAAGAAGAGGAACUCCGAGCUGUCCUACCGUGAGAUGGUGAAGAACAGCUCCAAUGACGAGACUGUUGCUGCCAAACAGAUUGAGAAGGACUUGCUCCGCACCAUGCCCAGCAACGCCUGCUUUGCCAGUGUGAACAGCAUCGGAGUGCCCCGUCUGCGCAGAGUCCUUCGAGCACUGGCCUGGCUCUACCCAGAGAUUGGCUACUGCCAGGGCACAGGCAUGGUGGCUGCCUGCCUCCUGCUGUUCCUGGAGGAGGAGGAUGCGUUCUGGAUGAUGUGUGCCAUCAUUGAGGACCUGCUCCCCGCCUCCUACUUCAGCACCACCCUGCUGGGCGUCCAGACUGACCAGCGGGUCCUGCGCCAUCUCAUCGUCCAAUACCUGCCUCGCCUGGACAAGCUGCUUCAGGAGCAUGACAUUGAGCUGUCCCUGAUCACGCUGCAUUGGUUCCUCACGGCCUUUGCCAGCGUGGUGCACAUCAAGCUGCUGCUGCGCAUCUGGGAUCUGUUUUUCUACGAGGGCUCCCUGGUGCUGUUCCAGACCACGCUGGGCAUGCUGCGCCUCAAGGAGGAAGAGCUGAUCCAGUCAGAGAACUCAGCCUCCAUCUUCAACACACUGUCGGACAUCCCGUCACAGAUUGCAGAUGCAGAGCUGCUCCUCGGGGAGGCCAUGCGACUGGCUGGCUCCCUCACUGAUGUGGCCGUGGAGACCCAGCGCCGCAAACAUCUGGCCUACCUCAUUGCAGACCAGGGCCAGCUCCUGGGGACUGGCACCGCCACCAACCUCUCUCAGGUGGUUCGGCGUAGGACCCAGCGGAGGAAGUCUGCCAUCACCUCCCUGCUCUUUGGGGAGGAUGACCUGGAGGCCCUCAAGGCUAAGAACAUAAAGCAGACAGAACUGGUGGCUGACCUCCGAGAGGCCAUCCUGCGUGUGGCACGCCACUUCCAGUGCAUAGACCCCAAAAACUGCAGCGUGGAGUUGACCCCCGACUACAGCAUGGAGAGCCACCAGCGGGACCAUGAGAACUAUGUGGCGUGUUCACGCGGUCACCGGCGCCGUGCCAAGGCCCUGCUGGACUUUGAGAGACACGAUGAUGAUGAGCUGGGCUUCCGCAAGAACGACAUCAUCACGAUCGUUUCCCAGAAGGACGAGCACUGCUGGGUGGGAGAGCUGAACGGCCUGAGAGGCUGGUUCCCAGCCAAGUUUGUGGAAGUCCUAGACGAACGGAGCAAAGAGUACUCCAUCGCGGGGGACGAUUCAGUGACGGAGGGCGUCACAGACCUUGUGCGAGGAACCCUCUGCCCAGCCCUCAAGGCCUUAUUUGAACAUGGACUAAAGAAGCCGUCCUUGCUUGGGGGUGCCUGCCACCCCUGGUUGUUUAUCGAGGAGGCAGCAGGCCGGGAGGUCGAGAGAGACUUCGACUCAGUGUACUCCCGCCUGGUGCUCUGCAAGACCUACAGGUUAGAUGAAGAUGGCAAAGUCCUGACCCCAGAGGAGCUGCUCUACCGGGCCGUGCAGUCUGUGAACGUGACCCACGAUGCAGCACACGCACAGAUGGAUGUCAAGCUCCGCUCACUGAUCUGUGUAGGGCUCAAUGAGCAGGUGCUGCACCUGUGGCUGGAGGUGCUCUGCUCCAGCCUGCCCACGGUGGAGAAGUGGUAUCAGCCCUGGUCCUUCCUGCGCAGCCCUGGCUGGGUGCAGAUCAAGUGCGAGCUCCGUGUCCUCUGCUGUUUUGCCUUCAGCCUGUCCCAGGACUGGGAGCUCCCUGCAAAGAGAGAGGAGGAGAGGCAGCCGCUCAAGGAGGGUGUUCAGGACAUGUUGGUGAAGCACCACCUUUUCAGCUGGGAUAUCGAUGGGUGAUGCUUCUGCAGCUGCCCUUGCAGACCCCAGCCCAUCAGCCACCAGGCAGGCCCCUCCUUCAAACAGGAAGAGUGGUACCACCCUAAGCUGUGGGAUCCAGGGAAGGACAACUCCAGAGCCAUGUCCGGAACCCAUGACCAGGGUUCAGGGUUCCCUACUCCAGGUUCCCACUGUUGGCAGCAGGUGGGUGCCCAGCUCAGCCUUUUCUUCCCAAGUGUGGGGCUGGGGGAGGCUCUGCCCUCCCAGGGACCUCAGCCCUGGCCAGCUGCACACUUCACAUGAACCAAAAACCUCAGGAGGAGGUGGUGAGCUGCAUCUGUGUGUCUUUGCUCAGGAAGCGGGGGGUGUUUAAUGGCAGUUAAAGAUCCCUUGGCCUCUGGUUUUGUUUGUAAAUAAACUCUUUGAGAAAGUG